AGAGAUUAUUUCUUCUCCUUCUUGUCUCAAUUCAAUUUUUUCUGCUUUCAGGUCGCCUGUCUAUCGCUCUCUAUCCUGAGCUUACCACUCGAAACUAACACUGAAGCGAACAUCCCCACUUGUCACAUGUGAUGUGAGUGAGAUGCCACCUCCUUCGUUACAUUUCUAUGAGUCAUUGUAAUCUGAGAGAGUUUCUUCUCCUUUUUCUUGAAUGGCCUCAUAUCAGCUACGGUGAGGCUGUAAGGCGUUUGAUCUGAGGAUUUGCAAGAGAGGGGAAAGAGAGAUGGAUGUGGGGAGGUCAUCGCUGUGCAAUUGCGUUGUGAAUUUUCUGUUGGAGGAGAAUUACUUGCUCACGGCAUUUGAGCUUCUUCACGAGCUUCUCGACGAUGGCCGUUAUGAUCAGGCUAUUCGCCUCAAAGAGUACUUCUCCGAUCCCUCCCGGUUCCCUCCUGAUCAGAUUUCUCGCUUCAAUUCUCUCCGAGUGGCAGAUCCUCAAAGUUUGCUGGAAGGGAAAGAAUCAGCAGAGGAAAAGUUAGCUAUUAGUGAUUAUGAGCUACGGUUGGCGCAAGAAGACAUCUUGAGACUGAAAAGUGAAUUGCAGAAGAAGACUGAUAGUCUAAAUGAACUAACUGCUGCUUUGUCUAGUAAAGAUGCUUCCAUGUAUGAUGGACCAAAAAUUCAACAACAGAAAAGGAAUUCUUCCGUCACUGAUUUGGGCCCACUGAAGGAUCAGGAACGCCGGGAUCUAAACUGUGCUGUGAAGGAAUAUUUGCUUCUAGCAGGGUACCGUCUUACUGCAAUGACAUUCUAUGAAGAGGUUACAGACCAGAACUUGGACAAUUGGCAGAAUACACCUGCAUGUGUACCAGAUGCCUUGCGUCAUUAUUACUAUGAGUAUCUUUCAUCAACUUCAGAGGCUGCUCAGGAAAAAAUUGCUCUACUUCGAGGAAAUGAGACAUUGCUGCAAGCAAAUAAGAGGUUAACUGAAGAAAGGGAGAACUUUUUGAAGAACAAAGAAUUGAUGGACGGCCAAAUAAAUGCCUUAACUAAAUCCUUAGAAGGUUUGCAGAAAGAUCUUAAAGACAAGGAGAACCUGGUUCAAGCUUUGAAGCAGUCCCUUGAGCACCAAAGACAGGAACUUGCUGGUUGCAGAGCUGAGAUCACUUCACUGAAAAUGCAAAUUGAAGGGUCUCGAUCUGGAAAUAAUUCGGCUGUCAGUGACAUUCAUGAUGUCCAACCUAUGACUUUAGAAAAGUACAAGGAAGAAAUCAAGAAAUUGCAGUUGGAAGUUGAAUAUUUAAAAGCAAAGAAAGUGACAGCUCCUGCAUCUGCAAAUUUGGUUAGUUCUGAAAAUGAAAUUAUUCAGACAGAAGACAAAAUUAUUGAGAUACAUGAGGACAAAAGUUCAGUCUCUUGUCCUGUUGAAGUGGCCUCGGGAGCUGUACACAAUGAAGGCACUCAAUCAUUUGAUGUCCACAGUCAGAGUGAGUGUAUAGAUAAACGUGAAGAUGCGAUGCAUGACUCACUGAAUCCUUCAACUGUAAACAGUGCUUUAGGGAAUGGGGAAACUGUCUUGGAACACAUUGGCGGGCUGCAAACAGAGAAUAGCUGGUUGUUUCUUAAAUCAGAUGGUGUGAAUGAUGAAGCAGUGUCCGAAAAGACGGGAUUAGGAACCAUUCAAAUACUUGCGGAUGCUUUGCCUAAAAUUGUUCCUUAUGUGUUGAUCAACCACCGUGAGGAGCUCCUUCCUCUAAUAAUGUGUGCAAUAGAGCGCCACCCUGAUAGUGGCACUCGAGAUUCUUUGACCCACACAUUGUUCAAUUUGAUCAAACGUCCUGAUGAACAACAAAGGAAAAUAAUAAUGGAUGCAUGUGUAAGCCUUGCAAAGAAUGUUGGAGAGAUGAGAACAGAGACAGAAUUACUUCCUCAAUGUUGGGAACAAAUAAAUCACAUGUAUGAGGAGCGUAGGCUGCUUGUUGCUCAGUCAUGUGGAGAGCUUGCAGAGUUUGUUCGACCCGAGAUUCGCGAUUCUCUGAUUUUGUCUAUUGUGCAGCAACUAGUAGAAGAUGCUGCCACUGUUGUUCGAGAGGCUGCAGCUCAUAAUUUGGCUUUGCUGCUCCCACUUUUUCCAAACAUGGAUAAAUAUUUCAAGGUGGAGGAUUUGAUGUUCCAAUUGAUCUGUGACCCCUCGGGAGUGGUGGUGGAAAUUACUCUCAAUGAAUUGGUUCCUGCAAUUUUAAAGUGGGGAGACAAAUUAGACCAUAUUUUAAGGGUUUUACUGUCUCAUAUGUUAAGCUCUGCUCAGCGGUGUCCACCACUUUCUGGUGUUGAAGGGUCUGUAGAGUCAAAUCUCCGUGUUUUGGGUGAAAGAGAGCGCUGGAAUAUAGAUGUUCUUUUGAGACUGUUAAUGGCAUUACUUCCUUCUGUGCACCAGAAAGCAAUAGAGACAUGCCCCUUUUCAACCACUGCUGAAACUACACAAGCUGUGUUAUCUACCUCGAUGCUUGAAUUAUAUGCUAAUGGAUGUGUUGAAUGGGCUGCAUUUGAAUGGAUGCAUUUUGAGUGCUUUCCUAAUUUGAUUCAGUUGGCUUGCAUGUUAUCACAUAAAGAAGACAAUUUACGGAGCCGAAUUUCUAAGUUUCUGUUAGCUGUUUCUGAAAAGUUUGGGGAUUCCUACCUGACUUGUAUAAUGCUGCCUGUAUUCUUAAUAGCAGUUGGGGAUGAGGCAGAUUUGACAUUUUUUCCUAGUGCCAUCCAUUCAAGAAUUAAAGGUUUAAGACCAAGAUCUGCUAUUGCUGAGAGGCUGUCUACCAUGUGUGUCCUUCCACUUUUGUUGGCUGGUGUUUUGGGUGCUCCGGCCAAACGUGAACAAUUAUUAGAGUACUUGAGGAGGAAGUUGCUGGUAGAAGACACUUCCAAGGACCACCGGUCAACCAAGCACAUUCCUGAGAUUAUUGAAGCUGUUCGCUUCCUUUGCAUAUAUGAAGAAAACCAUGGAAUGAUUAUUAAUAUACUAUGGGAAAUGGUUGUUAUCUCUAACAUUAACAUGAAAAUAAGUGCUGCCAAGCUGCUGAAAGUUAUUGUGCCAUAUAUUGACGCAAAGGUUGCUUCAACGCAAGUUUUGCCUGCCUUAGUCACUCUUGGAUCCGAUCAGAAUCUGAAUGUGAAGUAUGCCAGUAUAGAUGCCUUUGGUGCUGUGGCCCAACACUUCAAAAAUGAGACGAUUGUUGAUAAGAUUCGCAUUCAAAUGGAUGCUUUUCUCGAAGAUGGAUCCCAUGAAGCUACUGUAGCUGUUAUCCGUGCCUUGGUGGUUGCAGUACCCCAUACGACGGAAAAACUAAGAGAUUAUCUUUUAUCCAAGAUUUUCCAGCUGACAUCCAUGCCAACUUCUACAACUGAUUUGAUGCGUCGACGGGAGAAAACCAAUGCAUUCUGUGAGGCAAUCCGUGCUCUGGACGCUUCAGAUCUGCCAGCAGCUAGCGUCCGGGACUUCCUCCUUCCGGCCAUACAGAACCUGUUAAAGGACUUGGAUGCAUUGGAUCCAGCACAUAAAGAAGCCCUUGAAAUUAUUUUGAAGGAAAGGUCAGGUGGAGCUUUUGAUACUAUAAGUAAAGUGAUGGGUGCUCAUAUUGGACUUUCAUCAGGACUUUCAUCAGUGAGCAGUUUCUUUGGUGAGGGUGGAUUACUUGGCAAGAAAGAGACUACAGAAACAGCAACGGAAGCUCUUGCAGCAGUCCUGCCUCCAACAACGGCGGCGGCAGUAGCUGCGGCAGAGGACACUAGAUUCAGGCGGAUCAUGCUGGGAAACUUUGGGGAUAUGCUUCGCAGCAAAGCCAAAACCCAGGAAGACUCUCAGACUCAAUAGGAUUCAUCUCUGCAUCAUAAUUUUCUGCCCAUUCUUUUUGGUCAAGAUGAAGGUAGACGUUUGCCUUUGUCAAAACUUUCCUGGAAACUGAGAAACAUUUUUUUUAACUAAUUGGUUAUUCGUUAUGUAGUUAUUAUUCUUAUAGGGUAGGUAAAAUAGAAAGACAUUGAAAGAAAUGAAGAAAGAAAAAAGUAUUCAAAUUUUGUUUUUGUGAUGGAUAUCAUGUAAUAAUUGUGUGUGUGAGUGGAGUUAUAAUUCUUUCGUGUUGUAGUUUUCAUGUAACUCUUUUAUGACUUUGAUCUUAACAUAUGUUCUCAUUCAUAUUUAUGUAUGGAUGUAACUUUUUGAUGUAA